AUGCCAACUUUAAUCGAUGCAAGUGUUGCGAGAAAUGAUAAAUUUACUGAGAAUUUAAGAAGUGAAAAGUCCGUUACAAUCCACGUGGAUUGCAGAAAAGCAUACACCCGGAAAAGUUUAAUCUCUGCAUUCAAAAGACAACGUGAGAAUGAAGAAGCCAGUACUUCAAAAGUAAGUCCACCUCGUACUAGAGCGCGAGUAAGUGAAUCCAGCGUUUGUUUUAAAGAAAACUGUUUAUUUUGUGGCGAUGAAGCAGAUGAAGCGGCUGAGAAAAAGAAAUCGCAGAAUCUUCGAAAAAAAAAUUACAAAGUUUCUACACCUUACUUUAAAGAAUCCCUUUUGAAAUUAGCUAAAGAUCGUUCUGAUGACGUAUCAAAAGCUGUCAUUACACGAGCUGGAGCUGCAAAAAUUAAAGAAUAUCACUUGAAUAAACAAUUACAGUUUUUGAAAAAGGUUUCACAAAAUGCAACUGAUUCCAGUUUAUGCGUAGCGGAAGGAGAUAUUGAGAAUGAAAUAACGGCAUUGCCUCGUUAUAAAAGUCAACCACGAAAACGAAAGGCAGAUGAUAAGGAUGAUAUUGAAGAAGAUUUAUUGGCAAUAUUAAAAACACCGGAGAAUAGACAUUUGCAUUUUUUCAAGGGGAUUUUACCAUCUCUACAAUCGUUAAAUGAGAAUCAAACAUUGAUAUUUCAAAGUCGGGUGCUUCAAAUAUUAACCGACAUUCUUCAACCUUCAAUUCAUCAAAAUACACAUCACGGCUAUAAUCAAGAAUAUCAGCAUCAGGGUUACAAUCAAGGAUAUUCAACUAUGAGAUACGAUAAUACGGUUCAGAGUGGCUACCACACUUCUACUCCUGGAAGUUCGAUUACUGAACAGAGGACUACCUCAUCAUCAAACCAACAACGUCCAAUAAAUUCACCAUUUUUACUGGACGAAACGUCAGCUACUUCCUAUGUUUCACAAGAUGAGGAGUUUGAUUUUUCUUAA